AUGGACCCCGCGUCUGGGGCCGGGGACCUGGAGACCGCCCGGCUGGUGAGCGCCCGGGGCAGCCGCAGCACCGGCACCAGGAGCCUCAAGAGUCUCUUCACAGGCUCCCGGGAGUCCUUCCCCGGCCUGCCCCCGGAGACCAGCCCCGUGGCGCCAUCCCUGGAGCUGGAGCGGCGCCUGGCCAGGCACUGCCACUGCAGCCCCCCCACCCCCAGCCAGAGCCGUGCGGAGCUGCAGGCCUGCCAGAAGCUGGGCAUCGCCUGCGCCAUCUGCUUCGUCUUCAUGAUUGGCGAGGUCGUCGGCGGGUACCUGGCUCACAGCCUGGCCAUCAUGACUGAUGCUGCCCACCUGCUGGCAGACGUGGGCAGCAUGUCGGUCAGCCUCUUCUCCCUGUGGGUCUCCGCCAGGCCGCCCACCAAGACCAUGACCUUCGGCUGGCACCGCUCAGAGAUGCUGGGUGCCUUGGCCUCGGUGCUGUCCAUCUGGGUCGUGACCGGAGUCCUGGUGUACCUGGCCUCAGCCCGCAUCAUCAGCAACGACUACGAGAUCGAUGCACGUGCCAUGCUGGUUACCUCCGCCUGUGCCGUGGGCGUCAACAUCAUCAUGGCCUACAUCCUGCACCAGUCGGUCACGGGCCGCGGCCACACCCGGGGCUACGAGAAGAUGGAGGAGAGUCCUGGCUGCUCUGUGCCCCCCGGGGGCCCCCUGCCCGGCAGCACCAGCGUGCGCGCCGCCUUCGUGCAUGUGGUGGGGGACCUGCUGCAAAGCCUCGGGGUGCUGACAGCUGCCACCGUCAUCUACGUGGAGCCCCAGUACAAGAUCGCAGACCCCGUCAGCACCUUCCUCUUCUCCGUCUUUGUGCUGGGCUCCACUGUCUCCAUCCUCAGGGACGUCUUCCGGGUGCUCAUGGAAGGGGCGCCGCGGGGUGUAGAGUUCAGUGCAGUGAAGGACGUACUGCUGGCCGUCAAGGACGUGAAGGACGCCCACAACCUGCACCUCUGGACCUUGACCCUCAGCCACCACAUGGUGUCUGUGCACGUGGCAGUCGGUGCCGGCGCGGACAUGGAAGACGUGCUGCAGGAAGCCACCUCCCAGCUGCAGAGCACCUUUGGCUUCGUCUCGUGCACGGUGCAGGUGGAGCGGUACCUGGAGGACAUGGCCGCCUGCCGCCAGUGCCAGGACCCCCGGGACUGAGCACCAGGCCUGCAGCGCUCGGCACCAGAGAUGGAGAUGCCCCAGCCCCGAGCCUCUGCUCUGCCCAG